AUGGAAAAUGGAAACAACAAUGCAUUGGCACUUCAGAACACGCACGUCAAACUUCUCGCCUUCGAUCUCCUAUCCUUGACACAAUUUCCUUUCCGUUCUCCCGACGCCGCGACGUCGUUUUUCCGCAGAGGAAUCCAAAUCUCGCGCGUCGAAACCCUUGGCACUGUCACCCUGCGUCACCUCAAGCCCGAGAGGCUCCUCCGCUUCGCCAUUGACGAUGGCACCGGGUGCGUCCCCUGCGUGCUGUGGCUUAACGACGCCAAUUCCCCCUCCGUCGUGCGCCGCCGCCGCCACGAGCUCGCCGCGCGCUUCGUCGAAGUGGUGAAGUUUGGAGCGGUUGCGAGGGUGAGGGGCAGACUGAGCCGGUACAAAGGCGGUGUGCAGGUGACCGUGUCGGACGUGGUGACGGAGAGAGAUCCGAACGCCGAGAUCUUCCACCUCCUGGACUGCAUCAGGUUAAUCUCUUCGUCUUUAAGAGACGGUGAAAGAGAUGAGUCUCUUCGUCCUUGAGGACAGUAGAAGGGACUAGAGAUUCGAGUGUUAUCCUUUCCUAUGUUGAGGGAGUAUAAAGGGAUGAAUGUCUCGUCCGUGGGGUUUCGACUCUUGUUGAGUUCAAUGUAGUGAUGGAUUUGAGGAACAAAGGAGACAGGUCUGAAGUUAUGGUGGAGGACCACUCAAAUCGUGUUGUUUUGGAAGACUGAAAUGUACAUGGAAGGAUAGAGGUUGAAAUAAUGUUAUAAUAAAGGUUGGUAUGUGCACGUGUUGCCUUUCUUCAAUAGGAGUUGAAGAGCUAAUAGGAACCAUACUUAUUCGAGUUAAGGGAAUGGUUGAAGAAUAUUGUGAGGGUGUAGUAGUCUUUAAGGGCAUUGAUGAUUAUUGGAUGUGAGUGACUUGUGAUAGAGACUUAACAAUUGUGAUAUAAAUGUUAUAUAUGUGCUUUAUUGUCUAUUAUGUUAUCUUAUCCUUGUAUUAUUUUGUGGUUGUGUUUUUCACCUACAAUAAUUGUAUGACUCAGAUUGUUAUAUGGGAGUAAA